UCUUUUUUCAUUGCCUGUGCCAUAUAGAAAAAGGAGCAAUGGCAUAUGCUGAAUCCUCUGGCAUUCAUUCUCCUGUAGAUGUUGUUGGCCAGCCUGUCGGAGUUUUUCACCCAAGUGUUUGGGGAGAUUUCUUCAUAACCCAUACGCCAAUGCCUUCCUCUGAGCUUGAAAAGAUAAAGAAAAGGAUUGACGAGCUUAAGGAAGUGAUAAAGAAGCAGCUUAGAGACACAAGUGAUGAACUUGAAUCUUUAGAAAUGAUUGAUGCAAUCCAUCAUCUGGGAGUGGCCUAUCAUUUUGAAGUGGAGAUCAACGAUACUUUGAAGAAAAUACAUAGAGAUGGCUUCGAAGAGAGUAAAGAUCUACACACUAUAGCGUUGGGAUUUCGACUAUUGAGGCAGCAACGAUUUCUAAUUUCAGCUGACAUAUUCAACAAGUUUAUGAAAAAAGGAGAUUUCGAUGAAAGCUUGAAGCGUGAUGGAAAAGGGUUGUUAAGCCUCUAUGAAGCUGCCCAUCUUGGAACACAAAAUGAGAAAAUAUUAGAAAAUGCUGUAAAAUUUGCAAGAACUCAUCUCAAAUUGAUGUUAGGCAAUAUGGACAAAAAUUUUGCAACAAUAACAUCAAGAGCUUUAGAAAGACCAAGGUUUAGAAGAUCUGAAAGGUUAGAAGCAAGAGAAUACAUAUCAAUUUUUGAAGAAGAAAAAAAUAGAAGUGAACUUCUAUUAGAGUUUGCAAAAUUGGACUUCCAUUUAGUACAAUCAAUUCAUUUGGAGGAACUUUUACACUUAACCUUAUGGAAGAAUUCAAUAGCUCUUUCUGAAAACCUACCAUUUGCACGAGAUAGAUUGGUUGAGUUAAACUUUUGGAUGACCGGCACAUACUUUGAACCAAGUUAUUCUCGUGCAAGAAUAAUGGCUACAAAAUUAAUUGUAUUAACAUCAAUACUUGAUGAUAUUUACGAUCAAUACGGAACACUUGAAGAUCUUGAAUUGCUUACUGAGAAAAUUGAAAGAUGGGAACUACUGAGAGUUGACCAGUUACCGAAGUAUUUGCAAUGCUUUUGCAUGUCUCUUUAUAAAACAUUCAAAGAUUUCGACGACGAGCUGUCAUUUGAGCAAAAUUCAUUUCGCGUGCGAUUCCUUGAAAAUGAGAUGAAAAAGUUGGCGCAUGCAUUUUUUGUUGAAGCAAGAUGGGGAAAUGAACAUUAUAUUCCCAAUAUACAAGAACACUUGCAUAUCUCUCUUUGCAGUUGUGCAUAUCCAUUGGUAUUUUGUGCAUUAUUUCUUGGUAUGCACGAGGUGAUUCCAUUGAAUGUAUAUGAAUGGUUGACAGAAUUUCCUGAGAUUGUCAAAGCUUCUUGUAUUAUCUGCAGAAUUAUGAAUGAUAUUACUUCCGAUGAGCAUGAAGAGAGAGACAAUCAUUUUGCUACCAUAGUUGAGAGCUACACAAAGGAGAAAAAAUGCACAAAAGAAGAAGCACGCGACAAGCUAAGGGUAAUGGUGGAGGAUGCAUGGAAAACAUUGAAUCAAGAGUAUCUACUGUCCAAUUUACCACUCUUUAUAGUUCAAAUUGUCAUCAAGCUCUCACGUAUGCUCGAGCUUUUCUACAAGGAUAAAGACAAUUACACUAAUCCCUUUGGCUUUAUAAAAGAUAAGAUCAAAUUACUAAUGGUGGACCCUAUUUUGUCCAAUUUGGAAUAAAUUGUUCAUACGAAUGAUUACCUGAACCACAUGCUAAUAAUUAUCUCAUUAAGCACUUAAUUAUUAUUGUGCUGUGAUAAAAGUAAGUUCUAUAAUGGAAAGAUGGAUAAGCUGCUUUCUAAAUUUAUUGGGCAAUUGACCACGAAAUAAUAGAGCUGUGCA